AUGGAGCCUGCACACGUCAAGGCUCUUGGAGCGUUGCAGCCCUUCAUUCUGCUUGCUACCACCACCAAGUCGCCUUCCCCGCGCUUCCUGGCCGACUUGAUCAAGCGAGCCACAGAAGCGCCCGGAACCUAUGUCUUCACAGAGCUUCUCCAGCAACCUGCCAUCCAGUCUCUCCGCGCCGAUGAGACGCCAAGCGAGUUCCAGACCUAUCUAACACUUCUCGAGAUCUUUAGUUGGGGGACCUACGAGGAAUAUCAGGCCACUCCCAACAUUCCCACCCUCAGCGAUGCUCAAACCCAAAAGUUGAAACAGCUGAGCCUUCUGACUUUGGCCUCACCUUUCGCCAGUCUCGCGUCCGCCAAUGCCAAUACUCUGGCCUACUCCUCGCUCGUCCACUCGCUCCAUCUCCCAAGCUCCGCUGCUCUCGAAUCUUUAGUCACCUCUUGCAUCUACGCCGGUCUCCUUUCCGCCCGCCUCUCUCCCACCUCAAACCCUCCCGCCGUACACAUCCACUCUGUCGCUCCACUUCGCGACAUUCGCCCACAGUCCCUACCCGCCAUUCUCCAAAUCCUUUCCACCUGGUCUGCUCGCUGCGACACCGUUGCCUCCGAGCUGGAUGCACACAUCACAUCGAUCAAGACUACCGCACGAGAUCGCAGCAUUGUGGCUCAGAAGAGACAGGACGUGGUAGAUGCGGCCGUGCUGAGCAAUGCUAACGACGAUGCUGAUAAGAGAAGCGGACGCAGCGGCCGAGGUCAGCGCGGCAGUAAGCGAGAUCUAGACGACGAGUACGGUGGGAGCGACGGAGAGGGCAUGGACGUUGACGAAGGUAUUGGCGAGAUGGGAGCAUCAUUCGGUGGCGCUGGUGGCUCUCGUGGCACCAAGCGGAACCGGGGUCGAGGCUGA